ACGGUUACCAGUUGACGUUAGUGACGUGUUCGCAACACACCCAACGGCCAACGCUGGGCGCAUCACCGAGCCCCUGUUCAAUCCCAAUGGGCGGAGGGAUCUCUUCCCUGGGAUGUGGAUCCGUAGUAGGAGAAGGAUGCAGAUGGGAAUGCUGUGUGGCGGCUGCCGGUCCCGGGCUCGGUGAUGUCAGUGCGGGCAGCUAUGUGAUGGGGGCCAGUGUCAGCCCUAAGAAGAUUUGGUAAUAAAUCUAGCUUCACUAAGAAUUGUCCGUUGCUGGACCUUGCUCCAGUCUUCACACGGGCUUGCAGUUUUCUGCUCAACAUUUGUUUUAUUAGAAGAAGGAUAGAGUACAGACAUGGCCGGCCAUGUGUCUCCUACGGUAAUAUUCAGAGAUGUGGCGGUUUAUUUUUCGGAGAAAGAGUGGAAUCUCCUUGAAGGGUGGCAGAAAGACUUGUACACUGGUGUUAUUAAAGAAAUUCACGGGAUCUUAAUUUCACUAGGUUUUGUAAUCCUUAACCCCAACAACUUCCUGAGAAUACAGCCAGAAGAUGAGCCUUGUCGAAAGAGCCGCCCAGUGGUCGGAAGGAAUGAAAACUUGAAUUCUGUUGGUUCUGACUGUGGUUUGGCGAAUCCUGAUAUUUUGUUAACUGUCCAGCUGGGCGAGAAGCAGCGCGUGGCAGAGUCUUAUGAACAGGAUGGCGGAGGCAACUUGUCUUUUCCCAGCACAAGCAAGUUUAUAGACAGGUUUGGUGAAUACUCAGCUACUAAGCACGAAACACCUCUUGAAGAUUAUUCUGUUAGCUCUGAUAUUGAAAGCUUGGAUAAUACAGCAACAUGUUAUUCUUCUAACAACCCAGUUGUGCGGAGGGUUAAUUUUCAAGAGCACCCAUCUAAUAGCAACAACUUGCAGUUAGACGGAAAACAUGGUAUCAAGUACACAGCUGUACAAGGACACAGACCAUCUACCUCUGGUAUAAAUAGAACAAAUAUGGUUGCAGUUCCACAAAAGCUUAUUAUUAAGAAACCUUACAAUAUAUGUGAUAAAAACGUGACCAUGAAAGCAGAAUUACCCAAGAUUGAACCCGUUAUACUGCGAAUUAAAUCAAAAGAGCUGCCAUCUAAUAGUGAAAAUGUGUGUUUAGAUGGAAGAAUGAAUUACACAAUCGAAGAUGAAAUGAUUUUUGAGAGACGGGGUCCUGAAAAGUUCAACCUAAGAAACAUUCCUGCGAAAAAUAAAGUGAGAAUUCAAUACAAUAUGAAAACGAGUGGAUAUUGCCAAAGAUUAGUUCGGUGGCCAGUUGGUCAUAAAGAGGAGUUUGCACAGAAACGUUAUGGCUUGGGGUCGGCAAAGGAACCUGAGAGAACCUAUAACUGCACUGAAUGUGGGAAGAGAUUUUUAAAGAUAACUGACCUUAGACUUCAUCAAGGAACCCACAAAAUGAAAAUAAAACAGUACAAUGGGUCAGUGGUCCAGCAGAAGGUGGAAGCCAGUCAAAAACUUCCUAUCGACCAAAAGUUUCACCAGGCGGUUUCCAUCAAAAAUGUAUCUGGGACGAAGUCUUUAACUUGUUUUGUUUAUGGUAAAAACGCCAACACAAACUCCAACAUUAUCCAAACCACAAAAACAUUUGUGAGAGAGAGGCGAUUUGUAUGCAGGUUUUGCGGCAAACGGUUUCAGAAUAACAGUAAUCUUAUUGGACACGAGAGAAUACAUACGGGUGAAAAGCCUUUUGAAUGCCCGGAAUGUGGCAAAAGCUUUAGCCAGAAGGCAAAUCUGACCACUCAUCAGAGGCUUCACACCGGGGAAAGGCCCUUUGUAUGCAUCAACUGCGGCAAAGGCUUUGCACAAAAGAUAAAUCUACUAACACACGAGCAAACUCAUGCAAAAAAGAAAAAGAAAAUUGAUGGGAAGCAUGUUCUAAUGACUUAAUCCAAUAUUUUACAUCAGGUUCUGGUUGAAGACUCAUUAGCCGGAAUUACCAUAAAGUGCCUGGGAAUCAGUUGUUCCUCUUCACCAAGUCUACUUAUUUUUCAAUGCACAGUAUACAUAUGUUGACUCGCAGGCUAAUUUUACUGUUUUGUCUAGUUUAUUUGGACUAGUAUUUUGACAGGUGCUACUCCAUGAAGAUACAGACAAAAAGAAAGUACCUCAGACGUGAGAAGUAUUUUAGAGGUUUCUAAAAUACGAAUCAUUUGUUCCAGUUUUUCUAGCCUUAUAAUAAAGUAUAUAUAUCUAUAUAGAUGUUGUAACUAAUUUGUAUAUAACAGUUGCAUUUUAGAACUCGGCGUCAGGGCUGGGUAAACUUGAUCGUUUGUUCACCAAUAAUAAUUUUCAGGGGUUUAAAAAAACUGUAUAUACAAUAGUAGCUACUCUCCCCCCAACUAUGAAAACUCAGUGAAACUUUUCCAGUGUGGUCUUUGUGGUGUUCACCCCUGUAAACAAAAAGUCUCUAUUUUUAAAACAAUGACUGCAUCUUGUAGACUUGGGGGGAGGGGGGAUGUUUUUGAUUUGUUAUUUAUUGCAUUGUAUAUCUUCUGGUGCACAACUCUCCAUCAGGUUUCUUCGGUAAAGAAUUUACUAUUUACACUAAACCUCCUGCUAAGGGUAUAUAAUAACCUCCAGCUGUAAUUUAUAGUGCAGUUGUACUCCUGAUUUGUGCUUCUAUGUAGGCGUUGCUGACAAUGUUACAUAAACCUCCAUGUUUUAAUGGUGGAAUUCCUGGAUUGAAGACCAGAACAUGUUCUAAGACCCUUUUUUGUUAGUUUUCAUUUUAAUGUUUGAAGGAACUCGACCCUUCCUGGUGUUACACCAAAGGAUUUUCAUUUUCAUCCAAGUUCUUAUAAUGCAGGCUGUGUAGAAGAUUCCCUGUAGGCUGUAGAAACCACACUGCUUUACAAAUAGAAUUCUAAAAGACUGUUAAAAAACAAACACUGAUAAGUAGAAAUUUUAGCUGUUGUGUUUUAGAAUGAAAAAAGCAAGGUGCAACCUAGCCUAUUACAACACAAACCUUUCCUUUCUCCCAGGUUGUACUAUAUUAAAGGGAUCUUCACUCAUAUUAAACUUUGAAUCUCCCAUGACAAAUUACUAGCUUUACAGAACAUGUCAAGUACAACGGUUGCUCACUAGCUAUCGUAUCUACAGUGGCUUAGUAUCCUGCAGCAUUACACAACUGCUCUUAGAAUGGGGGUGAUACAAAUGUCAGCAACGUGAGUAGAGUGCCGCCGGAGUAGAGAUGGCCAUCGACGGUUUAGUAACGAGCGAUGGCAAAAUAGUUUUACCAUUGUGGGGGGAAAUGCUAUGGCAAAGCUUUUCAGUACGGUCCAUGUGCUGGUGCAGUCCCCAUUCCUUUGCUAAUGUGCAGACAUGAAACCUUGUUGGUUUCCCACCUAUGGUUAAAUCCCAUUGAUGAUUAACCUAUCAAUGUCCAUCCCUACUCUGGUGUGGUACUGAAGACACUCUUUAUUACCGUAAUGUGUGGUAAAAUACACAACAGGACAUUGUGGUGAAUUGAAUUGUCCCCUUAGUGUCUACUGUUCGAUCAAGUAUGUCCAGAGAUCGUUCCGUCUGUAGUUCUGUUAGUUGUGGAUAGAGGGGACUGUUUACAGUAAGAUCUUCGACUUGAGUCGACAUCUCCUUCAAAAAAGGUGUCAGCUAAAUUUCUGUCUGUUACUGCUUUUUGCACAUAAAUAGCUGCGCAUUGUAUACCCAGUUAAGAAAUACUGUAUAAUGCAUGUCCCUCCACAUGACCUCAUUAUUGUAGUUUCUGUUGCACUAUGCACUCAACAUUCAGGUUUCAUUCCAGUCUUGCUCUACAUAUGGUUGAAUAGAUAUUAUCUGAAGCUGCUCUUAUUCUGUAAUUGUUGGACGACCCCUGCCAAACAGAACUGGGUGUUUCUGGUCCUCAUUAUUCGGUGUCCCAUCAUUCAUCAAAGUCGCACAUUUUUAAAAUAAAUUAACAUCAGUAGAAGUGUAAAGAACCUUUUUGGUCAACUACUCAACAAGAGUGUAGAAAGGACAGGAAGACUAUGUAGCCGUUGUAUAGAUAGUAUAGGCUGUGUGUCUUAAAAAGAUGGUAAAAGAGCAAACAAAGUUUUGCUUGCAAAAUAUGUUCAACGUUACAAUUCGAGUUUAUCUUUUGUGCAGUUGUAUAGACUGACAAAUAGUUAUGGGCUCUGUAAUAUUAGAACCCUUUUUAUUUCUCAAAAAUGAAAAAAAAAAACCUUACACUGACUUUUUGUUUGAAAUUGUUUUGUGUUGAGUUCAUUAUUAUAUCAUAUAUAUGUGUUCAUGUCUUUUUCUGUUUCCAUAUUAGUAUUUCCCGAGUUGUAGUCGGAAAGUAAGUGAAAUUUUAAGAUAAUUAGCUGUGUAUGAAACUGACAAUUGUAAAACGUGUCCCAUCUUUAUUUCAAAUAACUGUUCCACAAAGCUACACGAUUUAGGAGACUAGCAUUAAAAUUUUCUUUUAAAGAUGUGUUCCCAAUACAGAUUAAGCGAAUGACAAACAGCUGUAAAAAUGAAUUACCAAAUAUGAUUAACUCGUGUUGGGAUGCCGUGUAUUUAUUUAUAUUUCUACCAUUUUAGUCAAUCAAUACAGCUGAAAACUUACAUCCAUGUGAAUGGGAGCGGUGUGGUAUGUUUAAUAGCAUUUAUACAGUAUAUAUAUAUAUAUAUAUUGUUCUAACGUGGACUGGCACUACCACUAUUAAUGGAUAAUCAUUGCCUUCGUUUUAUAUAUAUAUAUAUAUAUAUAUAUAUAAUCUCCAUGUGCUUGGUUUGAACAAGAAAACUUUUUUUCGUUUAAAAAUCUAAAAAGACUGAGCAUAAAAAACACACAUUGCAGUAGAUGGGCAUUUUUUUACUUGCCUUUUAAUGUGUUGCAGACCCACAUUGUAGCCUCAGCACUGACAAAAUUAGGAGAGAAGAGCAAUGUAUUUUUUGAAUGACUAGUGAAGUACACAUGGUACGUUUUUAUCUUGGAUUAGAACAUUUUGUAUUGUUCUUUUCCCAUUCUCAGCAGACAGUGUCCCUUUUUCACCCCUUCCUCUUUACUUUGUUGAACUGUGAGGUGUCUACCACUUAUAUACCCCAGUGUUCCCAAAAUACAGACCCACAAAAUGUGGUUUGUUUUUUUAGCUAUUUUUGCCUGGGUGUCAUGUUUGAACAUAAUCGUACUUGUGUUGUUACUCAUGGCUAAUAGGGUUGCCGAACCUGCCUCUAGGUGUCCUCUUUUUAGACAUGAGCCAGGCCAACUACUCUAAUGUGAAGUUCUUCACUUUCUUGCAAAAGCUUACUUAUAGAUGUAUAAUAGUAAGGUACAAAUUGAAUAAUAGUCUGAAUUGUAUAUUGUACUAGACAGGUGAAAGCUAAUGAGUUGCAGCAUGUCUCUGCAAAUGGCACUUGUGAUUUACCUUGUUUAUAGGUUAAGCCAGUCCUCUCCCAUUGCAGUUGGUUUCCUUUCUGUAAAUCCUUACACUGAAUAUUGGUGCCUCUGCCACAGUAUAGAUGUGAAUUAUGGGACUAAUUCAAAGUCAUGAUCACAUUUUUUUAAAAAUAGAGCAAUUUGCACCUGGGUAAAACCUUGUUACACUGCAGGUGGGCCACAUUGGAACCGUGCAGGGAGAGAGUUUGGAAUGUCAUGUUAUAGCUUACUUCUAAUAGUGUAAAAUCUAACUUGCCUGUAUUUGUUCACUAUAUGUAAAAUUGCGUUGGGUACGAUAUGCCGGUGUUUGGGAUGCAAGUGGUCAGAAGACUGGCUGUGGCAUCCCGAUGCUUAGAAUCUCGACAGGGUCUAGGUAAGUAUACUUAUCUGCCCCCAAUGCGCCCCUAAUCCUACCUUUCCACAGCCUAAACCUAACCCUGCCUCCCCUGCAGCCUAACCUUAACCCUCCCCAGGGGUGCCUAAACCCAACCCUUCCUUUCCCAGAGCCUAACCCUAACCUUCCCCGCGUAGCCUAAAAGUAACCUCCCCCUCUGCGGCUUACUUGAGCGCAGUCCCGGUAAAUGCUCAUUUAGGAUCCCUGCCGGGAUGCUGGCACGGUCAGUCUGAGCAGUGUUGGGAUGCCAGCACCAGCAUUUUGAGCAAUGUCGGGAUUCCGAUGUUGGAAUAUUGUCUGGCGGGAUCCUUACUGGAUCCUGUAAAAGCCGUCCGUAUUUUUCUUGCAUAUAAAAACAACAAAUUUACUAGCACCCCUUGCAUUGCAACAUAGUUCCAGGGGCAAAUUGCUCCUUUUGUUUUUGCUCCUAACUCUAAUUCUCAGGCCCUUUAUCCAGAAAGAGUCCCAACAGUGGCUCAUAUUAAAGGAUGCUUUAUUAUUUGUUAAUAAUAAAAAGGAUUUAUUUGAAAAUAAUCCAUUCAAGAUUUAUAGAGGUUUAAAACAUAACAAAAGUGAUGCUAUAAAAAACAUGGCUCUCCUUGUCACCAUUAUUAGUUACAAGGGGAGAGAGCCAUAUGUUUUUUAUAAAGCGCUCUCUAUUUGAGUAAUAUUGUAUUACUUAUUCUAUAUGGGAACAUUUGUACAGGCUUGGUUAAAUUGCCAUCUUAUAUCCUGUCUGCAGAUUUGUUCUUGAAAUGAAAGCUGCAAGUGUCACAAUAGUUAAUGGAACAGCCCUGUUUGUCUCCUAAUACUUUACAUUGCCUGUUUCUGCAUCUGGGCAGGUAGUGCCGGUCUUACAUAUGGGUAAUAAGAAUAGAGUUCACAGCUGCUUUUGUUAAUUUAACUAUGAUCAGUGAUUGGUAUUACAUUCAGGGUAUAUAUGUUGCAUUUUUGUCUUAAAUACCGGGACUCUAUAUACAUGAUAUAAUAAGAGCUUAACAUUUAGUUGUGUUAAAUGCAUUUACUAAUUUUCAGAGUUUUUGUUUUAACUAGCUGCUUUAGUUUUGUGUGUUUUAUAAAGAGCCAAAAACAAAUGGUAGAUCUUUUUUUUUUUACAUUGAAAAUGCAAAUUUAGGCAUGUCACAGAAAUGUUGCUUUAAUAUGAGGAUAUUGUUAUUUUUAAUAAACAAUUACCAUAUGUUAAUUUGAGCAUUUAAUUCUAUCAAUUUGCGAAAUACAGUUUCUGUCAAACGUACAGUUUAGACAAUUACCAAUUUUUUUUUUCCCCUGUGAUAUAUUUUGUUUAAUGAUUUUUUAAGCAUAAAUGUUAUUCUGUUUUACCCAGUUCUAAUGAAACCAAAAUAUUAUAUAUGCAAAGUCUUUGCUGUUUUCUUUGUUUCUUGUUUGUCUUAUGGGGAGCAAGAACUAUCAGUCUUACAACUGUUUCUGUAUUUGUCUAUGUCAGUGUUGUGUGUAACAUGCAUUGCUCUUCAACAUGCUCUUACGCAUGUUACAUGUUUUUGGUGUGUCUGAAAUUAAUAGAACCUAAGGUAUUUCUAGAUGACGAUUGUUAGCUGUAACUAUAACCUUCCCGUUUAGAAUGAGUGCUUCUUAGGAGUUGUUUGUAUAUGUGAUUCUUUAUGGUUGUCAUAAAUGCUGUAAUAUCUUCCAAUAAACUCAGUUUUGUUACCUAUUAAA